AUGUCUGAAUUUUUUGCAGCGGGAGAUAGAAAUUCGAUUCGUGCCAUGGCUAAGAGCUCUUUCAAAUUAGAACACCCUCUGGAGAGAAGACAGGCAGAAUCUUCUCGCAUCAGAGAGAAAUAUCCGGACAGAGUUCCGGUCAUUGUUGAAAAGGCAGGAAAGAGUGAAAUCGCCGAUAUUGAUAAGAAAAAGUACCUUGUUCCAGCUGAUUUGACUGUUGGUCAGUUCGUUUAUGUGGUCCGUAAGAGGAUUAAGCUUAGUGCUGAGAAGGCCAUAUUUGUCUUUGUCAAUGACAUGCUUCCUUCCACUGCUGCAUUGAUGUCGGCAAUUUACGACGAGAACAAGGAUGAAGAUGGAUUUCUGUAUAUGACCUACAGUGGGGAGAACACAUUUGGCGCGUAUCAAGUCUGA